UGCCUGUGAUUGGACGCUGGGAGUAAAGCUACUGGGUAAUCCUCUGCUGGCUCAUGCUGUUAUUUGGACGUAGGGAUUUAUUGUUGGUGAAUUGUGCUGCAGAGGACUACUAUUGCUGUUCACAUGUUGGAUAGUUUCUUUGACUUGUUUCCUCACUUGAUGAUGGAAAACAGGAUAAAUAGCCCUUGACAAACUGGCCCAUCGAGAAUACUUCUCCAGGAUAGAGGCAAAGGUCAGCAGUUCACCGGAGGUCGUCGAGAUGUGAGAAGGGGUCAUGCCUCUGAUCAAGAGAAACAUUGAGCCUCGUCACCUGUGCCAAGGUGCAGUGCCUGAUGGGAUUGGCAACGAGCUGGAGUGUGUGACAAAUAACUCGCUAUCCGCCAUCAUCCGUCAGCUCAGCUGCCUGAGUAAGCAGGCAGAAAACGUGUUUGGGGAGCUUUUUAACGAGGCCAACACAUUUUACAGUCGCGCAAACUCUCUCCAGGACCGUAUUGACCGCUUAGCCGUCAAAGUCACCCAACUGGACUCCAGCGUGGAGGAAGUGUCUCUUCAGGACAUAAACAUGAGGAAGGCCUAUCGAGGCACUGCGGUCCAGGACCAGGAGGUUUUGUCCAAAGGCAGCACUCCCAGCUCUGUUGCUGAAAUGUAUGAGGGCUGUGACAGGCCUCCCCUUCUUGGUGCCCUCACAGCUUACAGGGAGGACUCCACUGACGCAAUGAAAUUCUACUCGGACCCGUCCUACUUCUUUGAUCUUUGGAAGGAGAAGAUGCUUCAGGACACUGAGGACAAGAGGAAAGAAAGGCGGAGACAAAGGGAACAGAAGAGGAGUAUGGAGAGCAGCACCCUCCAGCGGGAGGUGAAGAAGGUGAGGAAGGCUCGAAACCGCAGACAAGAGUGGAACAUAAUGGCUUUUGAUAAAGAGCUUCGUCCAGAUCACCGCCAUCCAAAAACUCUUCGACGAGGAGCGUCUUCAGAAGGUUCUCUCUCUCCUGAUGGCAGGCCUGACCUUCUGGACCACCCAUUCCCUCCACUACCUGCUCACACUGUUUGCAACUAUGCCAGGUCCCAUGAUUACAUCCCAGGAAACGCACAUCCCUCACCACCUGUGGAGCACGAAUACCACAGCAUCGAUGUCAACUACAGGAGAGUAACUUAUGCUGCAGCAGAGCCCCUUGUUGAACGCAGAUUAAAUGGUUCUGCACGUCUGGCUGCAGACUGCAAAAGAAGCUCCGUUCCCCCUCUUUCUCUCCAAGGCCCACCCAUCCCAUCCGCCCAGACAGCAUUUGGCUUUCCACCACCACCACUGAAUAAUGGAGCUAUGCACAUAGGUUACCCUCUCCCGCCGGUACCUCCUCCGGGGCCACAUGUGGCGCCUCCACCUCCGGGUCCCCCUCCUCCACCUCUGCCUCCCCCAGCCGCGCCCUCACACCCACCAAGACACAAAGACACCAAACCGGUUAAAGAUGCCAGAAGUGAUCUGCUGUCUGCCAUUCGGAUGGGCAUCCAGCUGAAGAAGGUUCAAGAGCAGCAAGAGCAGCAGAACAAGAGGGAGCCGGUGGGGAACGACGUGGCCACCAUCCUGUCCCGACGAAUUGCAGUUGAAUACAGUGAUUCUGAGGAUGACUCUGAGUUUGAAGAAAAUGACUGGUCAGAUUGACCUUGCAUAAGCUGAAGCACGUGAUUGAUAUGUGCUUUCAGUGAUCCCUCUAAAAAAGGAAAUUGAAUUGUGCUUGAACUUGUUUGGCUCCAUCUAGUGUGUAGAGAUGGAGCCAAAUGUGCAAAUACAUGCUUAUUUUGCACCUCUAGCAAAAUGCAUGAAUUAGAUGAAUAUUUACAUCUUCUACAUGUACAAAACAAAAUUACGUUUGUUAAAACAGCAGUUCUGAAAAUCCUCUGCAGGAAAGUAAAGACCAAUAUGAAUAAUACAUGCCAUGUCUGGCUGUCAUCCAUGUCCGUUCUAAGGUGUCAUGGUCUCUUUUUGUGCCGCAGCCUUGGUAACAGGAAACUGAACACUUGUACAGACCAGAGGCACUGUCGAGGUUACAAGUUUAAGUGUGUGUGGGAUCAAAUCCAUCUAAAUUUUACAGAAAUAAUUGUUUAUAUGUUCAUUAUUGUAUGUGUAAAAUAUAUUGCCCUGUUGUUCACAACUGUUAAAU